AUGACAAUAUUUGACCCGGAGAAUGUCCAGAGAGCAUUUUCAAAAUGGCGGCUAAAGGAUCCAAGCGAUGACAGGCUGACAAUUGUCAAUCAAGGUCGUUUAGGUAACGUCAUGUUCCAAUACGCGUCCCUCCUUGCAAUAGCUUUACGUAACGGUAAACGUCCUUUUGUGUUCAGCAGCAACAUCAUUAGGGGUACGUUUGAUGUGUCUUUUGUGGAAGAUGUGGAUACGAAACAGUGGCUACAGAUAAAAGAGAGACAGUUUGCAGCGUAUUGUCCCGAGAUGGCAAAUCUGCCCAAAGGGAGUUUUCAACUUGUUCAAAUGUUCCAGUCCUGGAGGUAUUUUGAACCAAUAAAACAAGAAAUAAGGAAAGAAUUAAAAUUCAAAGAAGAACACGAACAAGCAGGAGGGGAAAUGUUCCGCCAUUACACAGCUCCAUAUCGCAACAGAACUAUAAUAGCUUUACAUGUCCGGCGGACUGAUAUGAACGACACCACUGAAUCAUCCCAUGGUCAUACCAUGGCGCCAUUGUCUUAUAUACGCAAAGCUAUCCUUCAUAUGCAAUCCAAGUUUCGUACUCCAGUAUUUUUGAUAGCGACGGACGACAAGGACUGGUGUCGAACCCACCUAGCAGGACCCGAUAUGGUGUUAAUGUACAACGACAACCCACACAUGGAUCUUGUAGCAAUGUCGAUGUGUGAUCACGUGAUCAUGACUGUAGGGACGUUCGGAUGGUGGGCUGCCUGGCUGGUGGGCGGAUACACUAUAUACUAUAACGGCUACCCCAAAGAAGGAAGCAUCAUGGCACGCGAGUUUGUGAAGGAAGACUUCUUUCAGCCUCACUGGAUUCCAAUGGGAGCCUGA